CGGGGUCAUGCAAUCAUUCAAACCAGUGCUGUCUGUAUACAUGCGCUGGAUGUCUGCACACGUCUGUGCACGAGCCUUGUGUGGUGUUGGCGGCCGCGUCACGACAGGCUACUCCUCUCAGUGCCGAGACUCCUGAGAGGAAUGGCCUGUCAGAUCGGCCUGCAACACCACGCAAGGCAUAUGAGAAUCGCCCAAUACACUCGCUGCCUAUUCUUUCUUCUCUCCGUCAACAGUCAGUCAUCCGAUCACUGCAGCCGAUGCUGUACACGCACUGCAUGUCUGUCUGUCUGUCUGUCUGUACACGAGAUAUGAGAUAUCUCCUCGCACUCCAUCCACGUUCCUACCAUGCCCUUAAGGACCACCACGACACGAUGCUCCAGCCAACGCUGAGGCCAUUGGCAGGAACAGAAUGUCGUGGCCAACCCCAACGCCACAUUGCAAGGCGCAUGGGAGGAAAGGCGACACACUCGUUCGAUUCGUAUGUCAUUCUUCACCACUACACUCGGUAUGCAUUGCAUCAUUCUCUCUGCCCACUGCCCCGACCCCCAAGUGUCAUGACGCCAGGCAGGAAUGCGUUUCUGUCAUAGUCUUCCAGCAGCUUGUCGUCCUCGUAGUCGACGAGACCCUGUAGCAGGGUGGCCAGUUGGAAGGUGAAGAACCCUUCCAGCAGUGGGAAGAUGGGCAGCAGGUCCGGUUGCCGACUCCACACAUACAUCAUCACACCGGGCACUAACAGCCUGCAUGACACAACAAAACAAACAACGUCCACAUAUAUUGGGAAAGGAGAUGAGAGCAUUCUUGGGUGGGUGGGUGGGUGGGUGGGUGGGUGGAUUGCUCGCUCGUUUACCGACCGUAUGGGUGUGUUGAAGAGGCGCUGCUUUUCGGCGCCGAGGGCCUCCACAUACCGACCCAGCACCUGCACAUACGCCAGACCUGCGCACACACAUCCAACACACAGACAGACAGACAGACAGACAGACAGACAUGAGCCGACGUGCUCUUUGGGCGCGGCGCAUGUCAUUCACGCACCGAAUAUGCCUCCAAACGCAUAGCUGAGAGAGGGCUGGACUCCGACCAGGCCCCACUGGAGUGAGAAACCAACCACCAAGAGGAGCAGGAGGUCGCUGAGCAGCCGCGCCUUGCGCGCACUGUACACCAGCUGCUGGCGCGUCUGCUGCUCCUCUUUCUCUCUCUGCCGCCUCGCCUCGUCCGCCUGGCGCCUGGCGACCAUCUCUUGCCUUUGUUGUGCAUCUUGUGUCGGCCUCUCCGGGGCAUCGAUGGGUAUACAGCUGGCAGUCUUGAGAUCGUACGCCGCCUUGUUCUUCAGAACAGAUGGCGACUGAGAGAUAGAGACAGACAGGGUCCAUGUCAGUCAUGAGUGCACGCGAAUGUGUUGGCUUGGCCAACUCCCACGUACCAUGGUGAGUAUGGCCUCUUCGCGCUUCUCCUGUCUUAUUCUCUCGAGCUUGUCGGGUGCCAGUAAAUAGAGAGGCCUCCCAAGCUCUUCACGCUGCAGAUCCUCGGCACUCUUCCAGAUGGGCUGACUGCCAGGCGCGCCGUACUCAGAGAAGCCGCCUCGCUCGUCGAUGCCGUCAGCAUCAGCAGCAUCAGGGCCACCAUUGUGUGUUGCAUCACCGUGCAGGGCGUGCAGUGGCCUGUGUGUGCUGACGAGAGGCCGCCGGCGUGUGAGGGAUCUAAAUGGCCGGCGGGGCGGCACGAGCAGCGGCGGCGCAUGAAAGGCCGUCAAGGGAAGGGUCGUGGGCAGCGAACCGAUGGCAAAUGAGCCCGUCAUUUCACGUUUCGG